CACCACCACCACCACCAGCAGCAGCAGCAGGAGCAGUAGUAGCAACGGCUUCUGCGCUUCUCCGACGCACCAUCGGAGAUGAGCAUCCCGGUCCCAUAGGCUGUCAAGGAUCACUCUCGACAUCUCCCCGCAGGACCUCUGCGGCCAGGCUCCCGACGCAGCUCCGCGUGUCGUCGGUCUGUCGUCCCCCGGUUCGUAAUUUGUCAGACUCGGCGCUGCGUUUGGCAGGGAUGCCCGCAGUUGACAUCUCUUGGCUGGGAAUUUACUUCGGAGGUGAUUUUGUAUCCGCGACAACUGUCAACGAGUGGUAGAGCCCUGUCGACACUCGGGCGGGAGGGGAUCUCCAUGUUUUUCGGUGCAUUCGUCAGCGCACUCUCGUGCGUCUAAGACAAGUGGUGCAAAUUAAAGGUGAACAGGGGGUUUGAACCAGAGGGCUGUGUGACAGGAGAUCGUUUGGAUGACGGACACCGGACGCCAAUAGCUCUCCCCCUGCAACGCCAAUCUCUGCGUCCUCGGAAUAUUCUUACACAGGCACUGUUGCAGAGUAGAAAUAUAGAAAUCGGAUUUUUUUCACUGUUUGCAGACAGCCACAGGGCGAGUGAGUUCGCCCACUGCAGGGGCUUUUGCGAUUUUUUUUUUCGUGUCUGCUCUGAUUUUGAAACACAAUUUCCCUGCCGGACGGGUGUCUGAGCAUCCCAGACGAGCCCGACUUUGCGAUGCCCGAACAGUGAGCGCACGGUGGGAUCGCGCUCGGUCACCCUUGCACGGUAGCAUGGCUCCAGCCCGGAGGGACCGCAGCGGCUGGGAGAUGCUCCUCCCGACGGGAUGCCUGCUCCUCUCCGCCCUGCUGUUUCACCCGGCCCUGGCCAAGGUGUGCAACGACCGCACCAAACACGGACAGGACAACAGCUGGUUCGCCAGGGACGGGGAGAACUUGCCCAUCAUGGUCCUGAUGCCCAUGAACGAGUCGGCCCUGAUGAGCGGCAUCAGCCAGGGGAUCGAGCCGGCGGUCCAGCUGGCCAUCCAGCACAUACGGGAGUCCAGGAAGUACUCGUUCUCUCUCAUCACCAAGAUCUACGACACCGAGUGUGACAACGCCAAGGGGCUGAGGGCCUUCUUCGAUGCCAUAUGCUACGGCCCCAAACAUCUUAUGAUCUUCGGCGGCGUCUGCCCCUCGGUGACCUCCAUCAUUGCAGAGUCUUUGGAGGGUUGGAAUCUGGUGCAGCUGUCAUUUGCAGCCACAACUCCAGUUCUGGCAGACAAGAAAAAGUACCCCAACUUCUUCCGCACUGUCCCCUCGGACAACGCUGUGAACCCUGCUGUAGUAAAGUUCCUCAACUACUACAACUGGAGCCGCGUUGGGACGCUAACACAGGAUGUUCAGAGGUUCUCAGAGGUGAGGAAUGACCUGACUAAUGAGCUGGAGAAAGCAGACAUUCAGAUAGCAGAUACCGAGAGUUUCUCCAACGACCCCUGUGUCAAUGUCAAGAAGCUCAAGGAUAAUGAUGUGAGAAUCAUCAUUGGCCAGUUUGAUGAGAACCUGGCCUCUAAAGUCUUCUGCUGUGCGUAUAACUUGAACAUGUUUGGCAGUAAAUACCAGUGGAUUAUCCCCGGUUGGUACCAGGGCAACUGGUGGGAGCAGGCCAACUCCACCAACUGCACCACCAAGAAGCUGCUUACAGCCAUGGAGGGAUACAUCAGUGUGGACUUUGAACCGCUCAGCGCUCGGCAAAUCAAGGGCAUCUCCGACAGGACCCCUAAGGAGUACGAGAGGGAAUACAGCCGAGAGCUUCAACAAAAAGGUGUGGAGGCCAGUAAGUUUCACGGCUUUGCCUACGAUGGGAUCUGGGUCAUUGCGAAAACCUUGACUCGAGUGAUGGAAUUGCUCCGGAUAAAACAACGGCAGAACAGCUACCACAACUUCACUGUUGAUGACCGCGAAGUGGGAAAGAUGGUGCUGGACGUCAUGAACGAGACCAACUUCUACGGUGUCACGGGUCAAGUCAUGUUCCGGAAUGGAGAGAGGAUGGGCACAAUAAAAUUCAACCAGUUUCAAGAGGGCCAUGAAGUGAAGGUGGGAGAGUACAACGCAAUUGCUGAUGUGCUGGACCUCAUCAACAACUCCGUGAGGUUCAAAGGUGUGGAGCCUCCCAAGGAUCGUACAUUUGUGCGUCUGCAGCGCCGCCACAUCAACGUGCCCCUGUACAGCAUCCUGUCCACCAUCACCAUACUGGGCAUGUUAAUGGCCGGGGCCUUCUUGUUCUUUAACAUCAAAAACCGCAACCACAGACUAAUCAAGAUGUCCAGCCCUUACAUGAACAACCUGAUCAUCCUUGGAGGCUUGCUCUCCUAUGCGUCUAUUUUCCUUUUUGGUCUGGAUGGAGGUUUUGUCUCUGACAAAGAGUUUGAGACCCUCUGCACUGUUCGGACGUGGAUUCUCAUUGUUGGAUACACCACAGCUUUUGGAGCCAUGUUCGCCAAGACGUGGAGGGUGCACGCCAUCUUCAAAAAUGUGAAGAUGAAGAAGAAGAUCAUUAAGGACCAGAAGUUGUUGAUUAUUGUUGGCGGGAUGCUGCUAAUCGACUUAUGCAUCCUAAUUUGCUGGCAGAUUGUGGAUCCGCUUAAGAGGACUGUGGAAGAAUACAGCUUGGAGGCGGACCCGCAGGGCCGAGACAUUGCCAUCCGUCCCUUCUUGGAGCACUGCGAGAACACACACAUGACCAUUUGGCUGGGCAUCGUCUAUGCCUACAAGGGACUGCUCAUGUUGUUUGGCUGUUUCCUGGCAUGGGAGACCAGGAACGUGAGCAUCCCUGCCCUCAAUGACAGCAAGUACAUCGGGAUGAGCGUGUACAACGUGGGCAUCAUGUGCAUCAUCGGUGCCGCGGUGUCCUUUCUGACCAGAGACCAGCCCAAUGUCCAGUUCUGCAUCGUGGCACUGGUGAUCAUCUUUUGCAGCACCAUCACGCUCUGUCUGGUGUUCGUUCCCAAGUUCAUCACCAUGAGAACCAACCCCGAUGCAGCUACCCAGAACCGGAGGUUAAAGUUCACCCAGAACCAGAAGAAGGAAGAUUCCAAGACCUCCACCUCGGUCACCAGCGUCAACCAGGCUAACACUUCUCGGCUGGACGGGCUUCAGACUGAUAACCACCGCCUCCGCAUGAGGAUAACAGAGUUGGACAAGGAGCUGGAGGAAGUGACCAUGCAACUGCAGGACACACCAGAAAAAACCCCUUACAUCAAACAGAACCACUACCCGGACGCAAAUAACAUCCUCAGCAUACGCAACUUCACAGAUGGCAAAGAUGGAGAGAAGUCGAUACUGAAGAACCACCUGGAGCAGAAGCCUCAGGCACAGUGGGGCUCCAUGGAUCCUUCCAGAAUAAACAGAGGUCCUCUGGAGGAUAUCAACUCACCUGAACACAUACAACGUCGACUGUCCUUGCAACUUCCCAUCUUGCACCACGCCUACUUACCGUCCAUAGGAGGGGUUGAUGCCAGCUGCACCAGCCCCAGCGGCAGCCCUGGUUCCAGCCCAAGGCACAGACACAUGCCCCCCUCCUAUCGCGUUAUGGUCUCGGGCCUGUGAGCGUCGUACACUCCUCCACCUGGCUCUUUGCAGAGGAGACAUAUACGGUUCUUUUUUUCUACAACAGAUAGACUGAUAUCAUCAGCGUGUGUGCGUAUUUCGUCUUGGAAACAAGGAGGACAGGGGGAGACGAGAGGGAGGGGUGGGCGGGCGGAGUUCCACUCUUUGUAUCUCCUCGCCCCUUCAGCCUCUUUGAGAACUGAAACCCUCAGUCCGGAAGGGGUGGGAGGAGACGGAGUGGGCACUGGACGACCCUGGAUCAAACACAAUUCACAGCAGUGCCCCCUUGUUCAUCUGCUCCCUCCUUGCCGAAGCAUUUACACAUAUGCACAGUCAAACAAAACAUACAUAAAUACACACACACACACACACACACACACACACACACACACAAGCACGAACACGCUGACAACCCCGACAGCGGGCAGCGGUGGACCAGCCCUGACCAGACGUGUAGCCUUAUCUGCUUCAGAGGGGAGCGUCUUGUUUCUGUUCCUUAUCCGUCGUAUGUAUGUGCUCGCGGUCACGUGUGAGCUCGCCAUCCGACUUGAGUAUUUCACCGCUUCAAUGACUGGAUACCUGGUGUGGAGACGAGGAAUUCUACCAAACCCAACAGAGAAAAAUCAUCCAGUUGACUUCCCCCCGUCCACUUCCCCAACAUUGUGGCGACGUGUAAAUAUCGAUCAUGUCUGACUUUGAUGUACUGUAAGCUUUGUAUAUGCUGUGAAUGGACAAAUUAAAUGGGUUGUGAGCGUGGAGUUUGUAACCGAGGCAAGUAGUCAUGACAAUGUCGAAUGAGAGCUUGUAAACCAUGACAUCUUACCGGGAAUUCGAUAUGUAUGAAAGAAUUUGUUUGUGUAACCGUUGAUAGAUCCUGGGCGGCAAAGUAAGAUGGAUCAAAGCCUGCGAGUCACAGAACAUCACAAGGCUCCAGGGGGCCAUUCCUCCACCUUGAAGUAAGAUGCACACGGCUCAAAUAUCUUUUUUCCCACUUUGCUAAAUUUGCACCACUGGUUUUCACGUCAGACUUUGCGUAGGCCGUCCAUAUUUUACAACUCACUCAAUAUGUCCUCAGAAAGCAUGUUAAACAGAAUAUUGAUGCUCUGCCUUUUUGACAGGUCUCCGAGGCUGCACACGUUAGAAAAUAGAGCUAAGACACCACAGGAGUGUUCCACAGUUGUCUUUCGUGUGUGCUACACGCCAAGAAAUGCACACGUUCAGAUGUACACCGAGAACACGAGAGAGCACCUUAUGAAUUCAGCCUCUUUUCAGACAGGGGAUUCCCACAGGGGGGGGUCUCCACAGACUGUUAAGACGUCUAUCGGAUCGAGCCCCCGCAGCUAACCAGCACGGUCGAGGGUGACGAGGCUCAAGUCGGAGACAACAGGGUACGAGACUCUGAAAUGCAGAAAUCAAACUCAAGAACUGAUAGGGGAAAGGAUGUAGGUCUAGCGGUUCCGCGGCCAGUUUGGAUCAAAUUGCCGACCUGAAUUUCCACGAGCGACGGUGAACACGCGUAAGCCUUGUGUAGAUCUGUAACCAGCUGUAGCUCCCAAGACAGUGAUGACACCACCGCCGGUCCCAGCGGUAGCGCGUGAGGCACAGACACAGGCUGUCUUUCACAGAUAAUACUGAGUGUCACGUCAAAAUCCCUUCACACUUGGCAACGGUGAACAAAGCUCAGUUGCUAUGGAAAUGUCAUUCAGUGCCGUAGAACUGGGCCCAAGGAGGCUGCUCUGAGCAAAACCGUCGUGGACACAGUGUUGUCGUCUUUUUUUGUAGAACUGUCCUCGCGCGGGAGAAAAAACACAAACAGGGACCCUGGAACAAGAAAACACAAAAAAAGGACAUUUUAUCGAGCGCGAGAAAGUUUGUUCUCAGCGUAUGUUUCACCAUUGGUGUCUUGGUUUUUAGUUUUUAAGGCGUUUGUUGAGCGCUGUGCCUGUCGUCUUACAUUGUAGCCUGCAGGAGCCACGAUACACACUGGGGUGAUAACGGCACUGGCCCAGCAAACUACAGCGUUGGCCACACAUCUGUACAUUGUACGUGUCAUAGAUUUAUUUCAAUUCAAUGCCUCAAUGCAUGGGACAGUUUGGGAGCGCUCCACUCAAGCUGGGGGGGAUCCUCCUCUCCAAGCUGGUGUCAGAUAGAGAGCACUGUCAAACGGGUCUUCAGGCAAUGGAGGGAUACGAGACAUGCAGAAGUCCACCUGGUAUUGGACAUAUCGGGCUGACUCCCUGUGAUAGAGUCCCCCCCCCCCCCCCCCCGCGCUGAGCACAGGAGCGAGGGUGUCCCGAGCAAAGACCUCUGUGGAGUCCCGACUUGUCCCCGCGCACCUUUGCCAACCAGAGAACCACGGUCACUCGACAAAGUGAGUGAGAGACGUUGUCAGAAGGUCGGUUCUUCCUUCCACAGAAGAAGAAAAACCAACCGCACAUUUUAUAUAUUACAUUAUAUGUGAUUGUGUACAAUUUGCUGAUACCCUGAUGAUGGUGUCCAUGUAUGGAAUAUUUGGUAUUUGGCUUUCUCAAGAUGGCAUGAAAUAAAAUGUAUAAUUCACAGAGUUACCUCUGUUUUUGCAACGGUCAUGACAAGUCCACCCUGUAGUUUUCAUCCUCUCACCUGGUUUUGUGUUCAUUUCCUAAAGAAAACAACAUGGAUAUAAGUUCUUGUUGAUCAACUCAUACAUGUCAAUGCCAAGAUUCUCAGUGACAAACUCAACAUCACCAUAUCGACUAUGCUGCUUGUUAGUACUUGGCAGUUAUUCACUGAGGGCAAUAAAGUGAAGGUAGUAGCAAACGAUCAAUCUUAAUGAGCCACUUUUGGCAUUUACCAAAUGACUUUGGUAGAAAUUACUACAAGUUACUUUCUUUUAGUCCAUUCAAAAAUGUUAAAUGCAGAUCAUCGGGUGUUCUAGUGUUUAAACUGCGCCUUUUAUUAUUAUUUAUUUAAAUUUUUCUCAACAAGGAUGAAAGUUUGUUCUAAGGCAACUGAGGUGGGUCAAGGGCUCAUCAUUUCCUGUAAUACCAUCAUGCUGAUGGUUUGUAUUUGCCACGGGUCUUCUUACCUUUUCAGUUUGAAGAUCAAAGUGACAUAUACGUAUAUAAUGAUAUCUUUGUAUGUGUCGUCAUCAGGGUUUCUGGAGAACACGAAACAUACCUGUCAAAAAAUAUGACAAUAUGACGUAUAUAUUAAGUGGAAAACCACACAGGUCCAUGCUGUUACUGUUUUGUCAGUUAGAUUUGUGGUAUCACAUGGCGUUAAGUUCAAUUGAGAGUUUUAAAAACCGUAAACAAAACCUAUGUUGAAUGCAACAUGUUCAAGAGGGGCAAUAACUUGAUUUCUUACUCCAGAAAGAAUACUAGAGAGAACUAUAUAUAUAUAUAUAUAUGUAUAUGUAAAGAUCUUUACUUCCAUUCUCAUUUUUACGUAGGAAAUAUUGCACACAAAUGCCACAAGGAUACUCGGAAUUCAUUCUUUUAAUUUACAGUAUCUGUAACUAUGUUAUGUACAGAUGAGGUAUAGAUAUGAAAAAGUUGUGUAAAAUAAGGAUCACACUUGGAACACCGGAACAUUUUUUGGAGCCAUUAGUUGUUAUGGUGGGUGGGGUUGAAUAACAUUCUUCUUUUAUUGUCUGAAUGUUAUGGACAGCCUUUACUUUUCACAUCAUCGUUAAAUAAAGUGAGACUGAAAAUAA